UAUUGCGUUCCUCCAAAAAAAUGACGGACCCGACAGCGUCGCCUGAAGAUCACUGGAAACCUCUCAGCCUUUAUUUUUCCCCUCUUUUUUCCGUCCUCGUUGUCUUGUGAUGGCACAGCAGACAGAUGGAGCUUUCAGCGACAGCGGCUUUGACCACAGUUUCUUUACCGAAACUGCCAGAAAGGGCACCGUUGUGUCCAGGGCCAACAGCAUCGGCUCGACAAGUGCCUCUUCAGUACCAAACACAGAUGAUGAAGAUAGUGACUACAGACAUGAGACGUCGUACAAGGACUCGUAUAAAGAUCGACGGAGACAAGCACACACGCAGGCUGAGCAGAAGCGGAGGGAUGCUAUCAAGAAAGGCUAUGAUGACCUCCAGGCAAUAGUGCCAACCUGCCAGCAGCAGUCUGAAUUUGCAGUGGGAGCACAGAAGAUCAGCAAGGCUACGGUUCUGCAGAAAACGAUUGACUACAUCCAUUUUCUUCAUAAAGAAAAGAAGAAGCAAGAGGAGGAAGUUUCUGUGUUAAGGAAAGAAGUGAUGGCGCUGAAGAUCAUGAAAACGAACUAUGAGCACAUAGUGAAGGCCCACCAGAACCACCCACAGCAGGGAGAAGACCAGGUGUCCGACCAGGUCAAGUUCAACAUCUUUCAGAGCAUCAUGGAUUCCCUCUUCCAGUCUUUCAGCAAUUCCGUGUCAGUGAGCAGCUUCCAGGAGCUCUCCGCCUGCGUCUUCAGCUGGAUCGAGGAGCACUGCAAGCCGCAGACGCUGAGGGAGUUUGUGGCCGGAGUUCUCCGGCAGCUCAGCGGUCAGCUUUAUUGAUCCAGUGAAACCUCCUGGACUUGAGUGAGUUUUGUCGGGAACUGCUCUCAGCCUCCGCAGCACCUCUGCUCAUCUGUGAACUCCCUCUCUGCAAUCGGAUAACCUCAAGCCACAACGUGGGGCAGAGAUGAGAUAGUUGCUUUGGGAUUGAGCAGUUAUAUGUUUGAGAAUGUUAAGUGUGAGUGGAGUAUUCACACUUCUUACUGUUGUUCUGCUAAGAAAUGAAUGUUAAAUGCAUCAGGGAGGCCAAACUGCAGCAUCUUGUUGUUGUCACUCUGCAGUAACUGACGCUGCACGUUUCUUCUCGCAGAUGAGUAAACUGGGGGCCUUAGUUCUGCAACCUUUUGAUUUAACAAAUGGAAAUAAUAGGGUUCAUGGAAAAACCUGCGAGUCCACACAUUCACGUCGGUCACAACAACCCUACGUUUGUAGUUUAAUGCUGAGCUCCUCUCAGCUUCAGCUCACACACACCGCGAGUCCACCGCACCGCACCACUCCUGAACCUUAGCAGCGAAGAGGGAAAAUACUCCACUACUGUUUCUACUGCAGGGUAACUUCUCCUAACUGUGCCUUCAGGCCGUUUAUUGAUUUCUAGCUUUAGCGAAACAAACUGUGAAGUUUUUAUUGACGCGGCUGGGACAAGUCGACAAAGAUGCUGAACUCUUGUGGGUGUCAGGUGUGUAAUGCAGGCAGCAAAAUGUAUGUGUGUAUAUAUAUAUAUCAUGACUUUGACAAUAAUUAAGCUACAGCGCACAUUAUGAAGACAUUGUUUUAUAUACCUGCAGUUAUUCAGUUGCAGCAAUACGUGUUUAUUUGAAAGAUGUUAAAUACUAAGUGUUUUUUGAUCAACCUGUCAAAUUGCAAUUUCUCCUCAAGUGACUUAAAAAUCUCCUCUCUUGAAAUUUCAGUGGUUGUCAUGCGAAUAUGAUAAAUGUUGUUUACUUUUGAGUGCCGGGGCCUUGUGUGAUCAGUAGUAGUUCAUUAGAAAAUCGUGUGAUCGUCAGCAUCUGUCUUUGAUGAGACUGUCACAGAUUUACAGACAAUUUGCACCGAAUGAAAAUAGCGAAUGUUUAAAUAAAUGACAAAUAUUUUCUUGACGGUU